GAAGGAGGAACUGCUUUUAUUAUCGCCCGAGAGCUGCUGUAAUGGCGGUGUCUCGACGCUCAUCGCAGCAGCAACAACAGCAAAAUACUUUACAGUCUCCGCCGAGAAACAUCUCUCUUUCUGGCGCUCCUCCGGGCUCUCCGCCGAUGGCUUUGCUGACCUCGGCCGUCGGACCUUCGGAGAAUGAGAGGGAGUGCAGCGGAGGGAUUGAAAUGGCUUUGGCCUCCCCAGACCUACCAGCCCCGGCCUUAGCGAGCAGUGCGAGCUCCACCACGACAACCUCUGGCGGAGGUAGCAGCAGUGUUUCGAGCCCAGGCUCUGGAGCUGCCAGUCCCACCGACGGCAGCAGCGGCAUCGGUGGGGCGUUCAGGGAGUUGUUCGAGGCCUGUCGUAAUGGAGACGUAUCCAGAGUAAAGAGACUUGUGGAUUCGGUGAAUGUAAACGCGAAGGACAUGGCUGGUCGAAAAUCAACCCCCCUUCAUUUCGCUGCGGGCUUUGGUAGAAAAGAUGUUGUGGAGCACCUUCUGCAGACUGGGGCCAAUGUUCACGCUAGGGAUGAUGGAGGUCUCAUCCCCCUGCAUAAUGCCUGCUCUUUUGGACACGCAGAAGUCCCUUCCUCUUUAUUAAUAUGCACAGCAUUCUGGGUAACACAAAAAAGGAACGUUAAAAUGCAAGUUUUUGUUUAUUUCAUCUUAUCUUUUGCAGUGUUACUGCAACACGGAGCUGAUCCUAACAUCCGCAACACCGAUGGCAAGUCUGCUCUGGAUCUGGCUGACCCUUCAGCUAAGGCGGUUCUCACUGGUGAAUACAAGAAGGAUGAACUUUUGGAAGCAGCAAGGAGUGGAAAUGAAGAAAAACUGAUGGCACUGCUGACUCCAUUAAAUGUCAACUGUCACGCCAGCGAUGGUCGCAAGUCAACAUCACAAAAAAUGCUGUCUACACCGCUGCACCUGGCUGCUGGGUACAACCGGGUCCGCAUCGUCCAGCUCCUCCUUCAGCAUGGGGCUGAUGUUCACGCCAAGGACAAAGGUGGUCUGGUUCCUCUUCACAACGCCUGCUCCUACGGUCACUACGAGGUCACCGAGCUUCUGCUUAAACAUGGAGCCUGUGUGAACGCAAUGGACCUGUGGCAGUUCACUCCCCUCCACGAGGCAGCAUCCAAGAACCGAGUGGAGGUUUGUUCCUUGCUGCUAAGCCACGGGGCUGACCCCACCCUCCUAAACUGCCACAGCAAGAGUGCUGUGGACAUGGCUCCGACUCCAGAGCUGAAAGAAAGGCUUACCUAUGAGUUCAAAGGUCACUCAUUGCUGCAGGCAGCCAGGGAGGCGGAUGUGGCCAAAGUGAAGAAGACACUGGCUCUGGAAAUUAUCAGCUUCAAACAUCCUCAGACCAACGAAACAGCUCUGCACUGUGCUGUGGCUUCACCCCACCCUAAGAGAAAGCAGGUGACCGAGUUGUUGCUGCGUAAAGGUGCCAACAUCAAUGAGAAGAACAAAGACUUCAUGACUCCGUUGCACGUCGCUGCCGAGAGAGCUCACAAUGAUAUCCUUGAGGUGCUGCAGAAACAUGGAGCAAAGGUCAAUGCCGUGGACACUCUGGGUCAGACAGCUCUUCAUAGAGCGGCGCUGGCUGGUCACAUCCAGACCUGCAAGCUGCUGCUGAGUUACGGGGCCGACCCCUCCAUUGUGUCUCUGCAGGGCUUCACCGCUGCUCAGAUGGGCAACGAGGCUGUGCAACAGAUCCUCAACGAAAAUGUUCCCACACGUAACUCUGAUGUGGACUACAGGUUUCUGGAGGCGGCCAAAGCAGGAGAUCUGGAUACAGUGCAACAACUUUGCACCCCCCAGAAUGUAAACUGUCGGGACUUGGAGGGGCGCCACUCCACUCCUCUGCACUUUGCGGCCGGUUACAAUCGAGUGGCUGUCGUUGAAUACCUGCUACACCAUGGAGCUGACGUUCACGCCAAAGACAAGGGUGGUCUUGUUCCCCUCCACAAUGCAUGCUCCUAUGGUCACUAUGAAGUGGCCGAGUUGCUGGUCAGACAUGGAGCUUCGGUGAACGUGGCCGACCUUUGGAAGUUCACCCCUCUUCACGAGGCUGCGGCCAAAGGAAAAUAUGAAAUCUGCAAACUGCUACUCAAACAUGGAGCCGACCCAAGCAAGAAGAACCGCGAUGGCAACAUGCCGCUGGACAUGGUGAAAGAUGGGGACACGGACAUCCAGGACCUGCUGAGGGGCGAUGCCGCCCUGCUGGAUGCUGCCAAGAAGGGCUGCCUGGCCCGGGUCCAGAAGCUCUGCUCCCCGGAGAAUAUCAACUGCAGAGACACACAGGGGCGCAACUCCACACCGCUUCACCUCGCAGCUGGCUACAACAACCUUGAAGUGGCGGAGUAUCUAUUAGAACACGGGGCCGACGUCAACGCACAGGACAAAGGAGGCCUUAUCCCUCUUCAUAAUGCUGCCUCUUACGGGGCCGGGCCCCUCACUGACCUGGCUGCUGCCGCUGCCACAGGGUCCUCCGGGGUGGCAGAUGGAGCCACUGGCACUGACCGCAAGGAAGGGGAAAUGGCAAUGCUGGACAUGAACAUAAGUCAAUUCCUGAAGAGUCUGGGCCUGGAGCACCUCAGGGACAUCUUUGAGAGAGAGCAGAUCACACUGGAUGUGCUGGCUGACAUGGGCCAUGAGGAGCUGAAGGAGAUCGGGAUUAAUGCAUAUGGCCACCGACACAAGCUCAUCAAGGGAGUUGAGAGGCUGCUGGGCGGCCAACAAGGUGGCAACCCAUACCUGACAUUCCACUGUGCCAGCCAGGGAACCAUUCUUAUAGACCUCGCCCCAGACGACAAGGAGUACCAGUCAGUGGAGGAGGAGAUGCAGAGCACCAUCAGAGAGCACAGAGAUGGAGGCAAUGCCGGUGGUGUCUUCAGCAGAUACAACAUCAUUAAGAUUCAAAAGGUGGUAAACAAGAAGCUGAGGGAACGUUACACCCACAGGCAGAAGGAGAUCGCAGAUGAGAACCACAACCAUCACAAUGAGCGGAUGUUGUUUCACGGCUCCCCGUUUAUCAAUGCCAUCAUUCACAAAGGCUUUGAUGAGCGUCACGCCUACAUAGGAGGGAUGUUUGGAGCGGGUAUCUAUUUUGCAGAGAACUCCUCAAAAAGCAAUCAAUACGUCUACGGCAUCGGUGGAGGCACUGGCUGCCCAACACACAAAGACCGAUCCUGCUACCUGUGCCACAGGCAAAUGCUUUUCUGCCGAGUGACUUUGGGGAAGUCAUUCCUACAGUUCAGUGCCAUGAAGAUGGCUCACGCUCCCCCAGGACAUCAUUCAGUAAUCGGGCGGCCCAGUGUUAACGGCCUAGCUUACGCCGAGUAUGUCAUCUACAGAGGAGAGCAGGCCUACCCAGAGUACCUCAUCACCUAUCAGAUCCUUAAGCCUGAGAGCGCAGCGCAGUCUGCAGCAGGAGCCGAGCAGAAGUCGUAGUUACUUCAUGUUACACAAACUCACACAAAGACUCGAUGCUUGCUUCUUUUUCCCCCCAUUUGUAUUGCAAAUGCCUAAACACCGUUUUUAUUUACCAAACACAUUUCCAGUUUUCUGUCCAGUAGAGCCCAUGGUGACCAGUGCUUCAUGAGCAGAUAUGCUGUAAUACUCCUCAUGGUGAUUUUCUUUUAGU